GGUAAUAUAAUGCUAAAUGCAACACUAUCCAUGUAAUGCGAGAUUGCGGUUGGAGGGGAAACUAAACGGGAAGCGUGAAAGCUCACAACCAAAUGCCACAGAGAUCGGCUCCAAGCCAUGUUAACGUGUUCAGCCAGCCUAGCAUUCAAAAGACACUAACCGACACCAAGUUCGAAGUGAAGAGCUAUAUUCCUCUUGACCAAGCCAUCGCUUGGGCUCCUCUCUUCUUCUUCCAUUCACAACCCGGUCACAAUAACAACACACGUCGCAACAGUCAAGGUGCUAACAUGCGCAACACGGGGCCCAGUCAUCGGAGCAUGGUGCGUGAUAUAACCGUGAGGAGCAGUUUACUCUAUCUUCCUGCACCAAAAACACGAUAUCGAAGACGCUCAUUAGCUAAGCUGUGAAGACAACGAUGGUCGAAGGUAACUAGCCUCAUUAGGUCAGUCGAUCUGAAAGACCACGAUUCGCAACUGUA